AUGAUAUUGCAUUAUUUGCGGACACAUUACUGGACAUCGAUUAUGACAUCACAAGUGGUGACCGCAGAUGUGGUCACACAAGAGGACAAACCCGUGGACAGAGAGAAGAAGUGUCCUCUACUUCUUCGUGUGUUUCUCUCACUGACGGGUCGACACAACAAUUGCAACGAUUACUCGCGAAACGAUUGUCCGCCGAAUGAGCUGCAGGUCUACACGUGGACCGACGCCACUCUCAAAGAGAUCACAGGACUGGUGAAAGAGGUGAACCCGGAGUCGCGCCGAAAGGGCACGUUCUUUGACUUCGCACUCGUCUAUCCGGACCCCCGGACUCCCGCCUAUAGGAUGCGUGACAUCGGGUCGACUUGCAGUGGAAGCAAAGGCCCGGACGACGCCAAGACUCUGGCCGAAGCGCGCUUCCAAAUCGGCGACUAUUUGGAUAUCGCUAUUCAGACGCCCAACGAUCGAAUGGGCGAUCGAAUGGGUGACCGCCGGCCGCCGCUUAACCGCAGGAAUGAAGGCUUCGCCGGCAGACGCGACGAUGGCUUUGCCGGCAGACGUGAUGAAGGAUUCGCCGGUCGAAGAGAUGAUGGCUUUAAUAUGAGACGCGACGACGGUUUCAAUCCACGACGUGAUGAAGGGUUUAACCCCCGAAGAGAUGAUGGGUUUAAUCCGAGACGCGAUGACGGAUACGGCGCCCGUCGAGACGAUAGGCGCGACCGACCCUAUUAGCGAUGGACAGACAUUUCAUCAGUCAUUAU